AUGUGCGAGGUGAAUGAGUCAGAUGUCAAUGUGACCUUGGAGGUGGUGAAUACCAGCGCCAACGUCACAGACACUACAGUUUCCCCGUUCCCAGACCGGAGGUUGGCUUUCCUCGAAGUGGCUCGUCGGCUUCAAGAACUCGUGGUGCGCGUGGACUAUGUGGUCACCACUGAGGUGGCGGAUGAAAGCACCGCGGUCUCCCGCGGCACAGAGAUGCUCACAGCGCUCACCCUGCCAACGGAUGAGCAAUUCGCUCAAUCCAUCACUCAGGCGAUCGAAGAGGCCUCAGAGGGCAACUCCUCCUAUUCGGUGACGGUGACCGCCCGACAGGCCAACAUUCAGGUGGUCAUCGGAGAUGAGGUCUUCGAAGCGCCGCCAGUGGAGGUGACCACAACGGAAGCACCUCCUGGACCGGACUACAUGGACGCUGGCACGAUCGCUGGCAUCACCAUUGCCUUCAUCACCCUCCUGAGCUGUGGCCUUUGUGUGGGCCUUUACUGCGGACGCUUCUACAUCCGCCGCCGGGAGAAGAAGAACAAGCACCACUUCAUGCAGGAGACCGGCCUUGACCCUGACGACGAAGGUCGGAACGCCCCGGACGUCGAAGUGCCCGACUAUUCCAAUGCUGAGAACUUUCAGGAUGAGGAGUCAGAGCAGUCGGAGUCCUCGAGCUCCCUGCCGACUCCCGAGGAUCACCCGCAGGCAGAUCCAUCGCGUCAAUCGCGCGACAGCAAUGAGGCAGAUCCGUCGCGUCAAUCGCGCGACAGCAAUGAGGCCGGGCCAUCACGUCCCUCACGACCCUCCCAGACCUCCAGCGUCGAUGUCGUGACCGCCAUUUAG